CUAUCGCCUCUACCGCCCAUCAUUCAACGGGGACUGUGGGCAGUCUCAGCGACCGCUGCGCUCUCAUUGACUACAACUGCAGCGCUAUCUCUCUACCUGAUAUACCGAAUCGUAACGGUCAAGACGAGCGCAAACUCGCGCGUCAGUCGAUACAGCGUGCUACUUCUCAACCUUAUCUUCGCGGACUUCAUACAAGCCGUCGGCUUCGCUUUCAACAUCCACUGGCUACGAUACGAUGCAAUAAUUGACGGAAGUGCCGCUUGCUUGAGUCAAGGAUGGUUCUACACAGCCGGCGAUGUCGGUGUUGCUAUGUUCACCAUCUUCAUGGCCGCGCAUCUCUUCGCGGACAUCGUCUUUGACUGGCGUCCCAACCUGAUCAUGUUCCGCAGCGCGACUGCGUUGACAUGGAUCUGGGUCAUGGCAUGCGCUUCCAUGGGGUUUGCCAUGCACCCUGACUUCUACGCGCGCGCUGGCAUGUGGUGCUUCAUCAGCCAUCGCUAUAUGGAUGACCGUCUCUGGUUUCAUUACCUCUGGAUUAUUCUUGCGGAGCUCAUAGUUGUUCUAUUGUACACACUGCUCUUCAUCGCGAUGCUACGCCGCGUCCGACGUAUCUUCACGGAAUCCGAUUACGACGAUCAACUGCAGCAACGAGCGAAUUUUGCGAUACGGACGAUUCUCAUAUACCCUAUCGUCUACGUCAUGUGUACACUGCCGUCCGUUGUUGCUCGUCUGAAGCUGAUGGCCGGGCAACAUGUCGGAUAUACAGAGUUUGCAACUAUGGGAGUUGCCAUGUGCUCGAACGGCUGGGUUGACGCAGUGCUUUAUACCCUGACCAGGCGGAGUCUGAUCUUGAAUGGCCCUCCU